AUGGAUACCGACUUUUGUGCCAUGCUCAGAUUGGCGAAUUACAUGGAGGCGUCCUUCAACUACGGGUAUGGCGCCGUUGGUCGGGAAGAUGCAUUCCUCUUUACUCCCGAAAGCGAUCCCAAGUUGGCUCCCAAGCACUGCAACGCAGCCUACCGCAACAUUCUGAAGGCUGUCUUUUUGUCAGCUCCAUUUCUGGCUGUGGCGGUCCUCAUUGCCGGUGUUCUUGGGAGUCACAGCAUUCGGAAGUUUGCUGCCACUCUGGCAAGAGGGAUGGGUGCUACUGCUGACGAAGUUGACAUUCGAGGUUGCUGGAAGGCUCGCUUAUCUGGACGGGUUGUUGAUGCCUACAUUUCGCCUGAACAGCCCUGGAUCGACGCCGGUGUUGCCGAAAAGCUUUGCAUGGGGGCUCCUAUUGCCUACAAGCUACACCCGGAUGCCAAGAGAGUGACUCCCGACUGGUUGAUUGAGCAUGUGGUGCCAAGGACGCAUGCCUUUUACGACGGUGUCAACGACAUUUCCCUUCACUUGGCUCUGCCUCUUUUGUGGGCUGCUCUUGACGAAUCUUGGGAGGAGAGGAUGGAGCCUCCCGUUCGUGUUAGGAUACAAGAUGCGUACGAGCGAAUCAAGGCCGAUCUUCCUGGGGGCGUCAACCCUGUGGUGAAAGUGCCUCUCUCUAUUUGGACGCACAACACCAAGCUCCACAUCAACGAAAUCGAGCCAAUGGAUACGGGAGGUGGUGGUGGCACGGCUGGUGGCACUACGGGAACGACCGGCCAAGCAAGCACUUGUCAAGUUGCCAAUCAGUCGGGGCAGGUGACGGCUAUGCAAACGCAACAGCAGGUACGAACGAACGAGGAGAUUCUGACACGGAUUAUUGCGCAGCACAACCAGCUCCAGCAGCUCAUUGCGCAGGAAGGUAGGACCCACGACAAUACGGCUGCUGUGUUGAGAGGCUGGUUGGAGACUUGGCUUGGCGCGGAGCUGAGGAAACUCAAUGGCAACAUUUGCAGGAUUGCUGUUCAGCCUCUAAGGAUGGCAACACCUGAUCAGGUAGAUGACACGGCUUUGACAGCCUACGACAAGGCAUUGGCCAAGUACAGGGCACGUAUUGCUGCUGUACCGGCUCAAGAUGAUCAACCAGCACAGAUGGCCGUCGAUUUCGACAUCACGGCCUGUCUUAAGACAUUUGUUGGCUCUCGAACUACAGAGGUAGCUCAGUUCAAUCAAGUGGAAGGCCUCAAGGUCUCCCAAAAGCCUCGAAAGAUCGAGUGUCACAAGUGGGAAGACGACUACCUAGUCGCAGUUGAAGCCGCAGAAUGGCUUCGUGGCACUCAUCCAGUGCCAGAAGGGGUAGCAUUGCUCCGACAUUAUCUGGAUUCAUAUCCGGCGAAUUGGGUCACGGUGUAUGAAAAGAUCCAUGGCAAGACUCUUGAUGAUAAGGAAAUGGGAGACGUGACGUCUUUCAUGCAUGACCGUGCAGUGGAAGCUGACUCGGCAGCUUCGCGCAAUCAACAGCACCAGAAGGCGACAGUAGCGAAGGGAAAGCCUUCGUCACGAACGGCUAAACACUACAAGGGAAGCAUCGGCAAACAUCGUCCUAACACUACGGAAGGUGGUCGGCUUGCAGAUGACGCCCCUUGUCCAAUUCACCUGAAUUCCAACCACACUUGGAAGGAUUGCUGGUCCAAUGCCUACAAUCCUAACUCCAAGGCCAAGACUGGCAAUAGGAACAACAAACCGUCCAAUAAGAAGCCAAGUGGCGGUGACCACAAUCAUCAACAGGAUGAGCAUCACGCGGUCGGUGAUGACGUUGAGGUUGUGGAACCCGGUUUCCAGAACUCUUCCGGUAAGACCCAAGCAACACGCAGAAUAAACCACAAUCGCUCUUCAACUCACAACUUAUUACAUCUACAAGCAAGCACUCCUACAUGGAUGUGA